ACUUAAUUGUUUUCUCCACGGAGGCGGAGCGUCAGCGAAACGCGAGGCCACCAGCACAGACCAAGGACGGGAGUCCAUAUAUUGGAGUUUACCCACUGUAUUAUUGUAUGAGAACGUGUCUUAUCUGUGUGGCGAUUGGUUGAUGAGUAAUCCGUGUCAUUGAGCCUGAGUGGUGAGCAGGCCACGGGAGGACGGGGCCAAGUUGUCUAUCUGUUAUCUCAUUGGCUAUCUCCAGAACAGCAACAUGGUGGGUGGAGCUGUGGGGGUACAGGGGCCAACGGCACAGGUACAGGUACUGAACACAAACACACACACACCAGAAGAUCUGAACACACACACACAGGUGACACCAGAAGAACUGUUGGGGACACACUAGACCUAUCGUUGCCAUGGAGACUCGUCUGGCGGUGCUGUGUUUGCUACUGGUGGCCCAUUCAACCCUCGCAGCAGUGGAGGAGGAGAAUCCUGAGUUCUGGCGUUCGAUGGCUCGAGACGAUUUGAAUGCGGCACUUAACAGGAAACUCAACACCAACGUGGCCAAGAACAUCAUGCUGUUCCUGGGGGAUGGGAUGGGCGUCACCACCAUCACCGCUGCUCGCAUCCUGAAAGGCCAGCUGCAGAAUCGCACAGGAGAGGAGACAGUGAUGACCAUGGACACAUUCCCUUAUGUAGGACUGGCCAAGGUGUACACAGUAGACUUCCAGAUCCCGGACAGUGCUGGCACGGCGACGGCGUACCUGUGUGGCGUGAAGAGCAACCUGAACGUGGUGGGCCUGAGCGCCGCCGCACGCAACGGGAUCUGCAAGACGCAGAAGGGCAACGAGGUCACGUCCAUACUCAAGUGGGCCAAGGACGCCGGCAAGUCUGUGGGUGUGGUGACCACCACUCGUGUUCAGCAUGCCACCCCGGCUGCCAGCUAUGCCCACAGUGCCAGCAGGACGUGGUACAGCGACUCAGACCUGCCCCCUAAUGCCCAGAGCCAGGGCUGCAACGACAUCUCACACCAGCUGCUGCACAACACCGACAUUGAUGUGAUCAUCGGCGGGGGGCGUAAGUACAUGACCCCUAAGGGCUUUGCUGACCCCGAGUACCCCACUGACGCCGCGAGCAACGGUCAGAGGUCAGACAACAGGAACCUCAUCUCAGAAUGGCUCAACAUGAAGGAGGGCAAGGUGGCACGGUACGUGUGGAACAGAACAGACUUUGAUGCCGUCGACCCAGAAAACACAGAUUACCUCAUGGCGUUGUUUGAGCCAGGUGAUCUGCGUUUCGAGGCGGAACGGGACCCCGCCCUUGAUCCCUCCCUCACAGAGACCACAGAGAAGGCCAUCCGCAUACUCCGCAAGAACCCCAAAGGCUUCUUCCUAUUGGUCGAAGGUGGGCGUAUUGACCAGGGUCACCACGCGUCGCGUGCGUCCAUGGCUCUGCAGGAGGCCGUCACAUUAGACGAGGCGGUUGCCAAGGGUCUGGAACUGACCAAUGAGGAGGAGACCUUGACACUGGUCACCGCUGACCACUCCCACGCCCUCAGCUUCAACGGAUACCCCUUCAGAGGAAACAGCAUCCUGGGCAAGUCUCCCCUCUAUGGUAGAGACCUGCUGCCCUACACCACCCUGAUGUACGGCAAUGGACCAGGCUUCAAGAUCGUCAACAACAAACGCCCAGACAUACGCAAAGUCAACACCAAGGAUAAGAACUACGUCCAGCUGUCUGCGGUCCCCCUGGACAAGGAGACCCAUGGUGGGGAGGACGUGUGUGUGUUUGCUCGCGGCCCCAUGUCUCACCUGCUGGUGGGGGUUCAUGAGCAGAGCUACCUGCCCCACGCCAUGGCCUACGCAGCCUGCAUAGGACAAGACACGCGCCACUGCGCACAAGCACUCAACGCCAACGCAGCACACACACACACCAGCGCACACACACACACCGCACUCACACUCCUCAGUACGCUCGUCACUGUGGCCCUGGUCAACGCUCUGCAGUAGGACACACACACAUGCACACACACACACACAC